AUGCAAGUGAAGUUCCUCCUCGGUGUCCUCGCCGGCGUCUCGGCCGCCAGCUACAAGCCCCAGCAGGGAUACAAGCAGCAGCCCCAGGCCUAUGGCAACCCGGGCUACGGCAACCCGGGCUACGGCAACCCGAGUUACGACAACGAUGGCUACGGCAACCACGGGUACGGCUACGACAAGCCGCAGCCGACGUACGCGGCGCCGUCGUACGCGCCGUACAAGAGCCACUACAAGGUUGACACGACGGCACCGUACCCGUACACGUACUUCUCGGCGGAUCACAAGAAGGAUCAGCUCAGCAUCCCAAAGCUUGGCGACUACCACUGCUUCUUGACGGGCGCCCCGUGGACGACGUGCGGCCGGAAGAGCCUCACCAACUACUUCCUCGACCAGUGCCUCGUCUUUUACGUGCAAAUGUCGGCCAACGUCAACGGCAUCUGCGGUGGCAAGCCGCCCAAGCCGACGCCGGACGCCCGAGCCCAAGGCGCACAACGACGAUUACUACAGCCCCGACUACCCGUCCGAACCGACGCCCAAGCCCACGACGCGCAAGCCCAAGACCGGCGGCUACGGUGCAGUCACGAGCGCCCGGACGUCGAUGCGUCGUCGCCGGCGUACCUCCAGGAGAAGUGCUACCAAAAGUCGUUUGUGUCGAUCACGACGGCGACGGUCAUGUGCCUCACGGAGAACUACAUCCGCGUCAACUUCAUCGAGCACUACGCGGCGCGCGCGUGCGGGAACCCGAUCGAGGGCCCGAUCUUGUACCUCAAGAAGCUGCACGCGUUCAUCAAGAACGUCCGCGAUUGCACGGGCAACGACGCUGUGACCAAGUUCCCGAACCUCUACAAGUCGUUCAAGACGACCGACGGCCUCGCGUACAACCCGAACGCGCCCUUUUACGACACCGACAGCGGCGUCAAGACGUACCAGUACACGAGCGGCGAGGCGUCGGGCCUUGGCGCCUACACGGUUGGCAACAAGUUCCUCUGCGCCAACACGGACGAGCUCGUCGAAUCCUCCAACGCCAAGUACAGCCACGUCUACCUCCAUGUGCCGAGCACCAACCACUACUCAUUGACCGACAAGCGGGUGCCGGGAGCGGAAUCGCAGCCCUUGGAUAUCUCCGCCAGCAUGUACGCGACGUGCACGCAGUCGAAAGCCAACACCAAACUUGAAGACCAAGUCUACCGCUAUUGCCAAAACGCAGACUACACGUCGGACCAGUCGCUCCGCAGCCUCUACGACUCGGUGCAUUACGUCGAGAAGGUCACGACAGCGCUUCGCCGCCCGCUCACGAUUGCCGAGAUUGCGGUUCGCAGCGCCGGUGUCCACGAGCAGCCGAUCCUUGAAGGCUUCGGUAUCAUGUACUACUGCGGCUUCUACGCGUGCGUGGCCAACCAUGACGGUGACGCGAACCAGUGCUACCCGGCCUUCAAGGAGGACAAUGAUUGGAACGUGCCGAACCCGUCGACCAAGACCAAGUCGGCCGAAAUCAACGACUGCAUUGACGAUGGCUACCUCUCGACCGACGACAUUGCGCAGAACUUGGACGUGACUGCUUACGUUGAUGCGCUCGCCCGUCGCAACUACAUUUGCCUCGCCGAAAACGUGAUCGUCGACUUUCUCACGCUCAUCUACCCGGACUGGAACCUCGAAAACGACGCCCUCACCCUCGUCUAUGGCCGCCACUUGGCCGAUGAACGCUGCUACGCCGAACUGUCGUUCAAGGACGAGAACAACGACGUGUCCCCGGCGCCGUGCACUUCCAACGUCGAGCUUUACAACAUGCUCGAGACCGCGCUCGCCUCGCUGUCUGCGACGUGCAAGGAGAACAAGGUCGCGACGCGCGAACCCUGGAGCGAGCCCGAGCCGCACUACAACGGCCACUACAACAAGGGUCAGGUCUACCCCAAGGCGCCCGUCUACAAGGCUUAG